AUGGAUGAUACUCGGGAAAAUGAUAGGUACCCGCCAAAUCCUUAUGGCAUAAAUGACCAAGAGUUUCCAGUUGGGAAUGCCACUUAUGUUAGUGAUGAGGAUGAUGGUAAUGAUGUUGAUGACGAAGAUAUGGAAUAUGAAGACGAUGACGAUGACCAGGAUGAAGGUGGAGGGUCUAGUGUUCAGAGAAUUAAAGAUGAUUAUGCUGAUGAUGAUGAUGACGACGACGACGACGAUGAUGACGAUGAGGAUGAUUACGGUAAUUUACAGAGGCACCCGAAAAAGAGAAAACUGAAAAGCUUGUUGUCCAGUUACAAGUUUGCACCUCGGGUACCAGCACCAUCAUCUGCGACUCCUGCAGUGCCAAAGCCAUCAUAUGGUGGACGGAAUCCACAUACAGAUUGGACUGAGAGUGAGACUGUUAUCUUACUGGAUGCGUGGGGUGAUAGGUUUCUCAAACAUGGGAGGAAGAGCCUUCGGUCUGAAGAGUGGCAGGAAGUUUCUAAGAAGGUCUCCCAGGAGUCAAAAAUUGAGAGAACAGAUACUCAGUGUCGGAACCGUUUAGAUACAUUGAAGAAAAAAUACAAGAAAGAGAAGAUGAAGUUGGGAGAAUCUGGGGGUUCCAGUAGCAAAUGGGUGUAUUUCAAGAAGAUGGAUAUGUUGCUGUCAUCAGGCCCACAGCAAGCAGGUCUAUCAUGUGGAGUGGACUCAGGAGAGUAUACGUUCAUGAACCCUAAAGUUUAUCUGAAUAGCUCAAACGGAAUGGAUGAGAUGAGAGAUAGCCCAGGGUAUUCGGAAUCCACCAAAGGUGAGGAAGGUGGUCCGGAGGGUCUCCUUCCUAAGAAAACAAGGAAUGAAAUGGGUAAUGGAGUUUCUCUUAAAUUGCUUGCUGAUUCCAUCCAGAAAUUUAGCGACAUUUAUGAGAAGAUUGAGAACAGUAAGAGACAACAAAUGCUGGAACUGGAGAAAAUGAGGAUGGACUUCCAUAGAGAUUUGGAACUGCAGAAGAGGCAGAUUCUAGAGAGAGCUCAAGCUGAGAUUGUGAAAAUACGACGAGGUGAUGAAGAUAAUGACGUGUCUGCUGAGAACGUCAGCGGUUAA